AUAUUACGUUUCUGUUGCUGCAGCACCGAGAACAAGGAAGCAACAUGUGCCAACCACAAUAACUAACAGCACAUUACUACAAACAGGCGACACAAGAGCUGGAAACUCACUGACUGCGGAAUAUUCAUACAACACACUGCCGGAACUACAUCAUGAAACAAGAGGUGAAGGCUGCUGUCAACUUUCUGAAACGUCUGGCUGUGGCAAGAGGGAAGAUGGGCGAAGCCAAAGCAGAACUGUUCGCCAAGAAGCUCCAGAAACUUUUAUGUGACAAAUACGAAAAGCACUGGUACCCUGACUGUCCCAGCAAAGGCCAGGCUUACAGGUGCAUCAGGAUACACAACGGCUUUCCAUGGGAUGAAAUGCUGCUGAAGGCCUGUGAGGAGAGCGAGCUCACACCCUGUAGUCUGGGGCUUCCUCCUGAUAUAACGCUGUGGAUCGACCCGAUGGAGGUGUGUGCAAGAUCUGGGGAGAACAGCAGGCCCUUCACAAUAGCUCGAUUCAAUGAGAUGGAGGAACAGGAGGAUGAGAAGGGUGUGAAGGGGGACCACGAUGACUCCGCCCUGAACCUGGACACGUCGGAUUACCACUCUGCCACUUCUUCAGACUGUGGUUCUACCGCGUCCAGCGACACGGAGGAGGAGGUGAAAGACGGCAAGCUAGAAGAGAAACUGGUGGAGGGCAUGAAGAAGGAGGUGGCAGAUGGAGGCGCCCACACAGUCACCAUGGUGCCCAGGGUUCGGAAGUGGCACGGAGAAACACUAAAUAAAGUCAGAUACGUCAAGAAGAAGGUUCCCGCUGGUCUCCAGUACUUUUACCACCCCAUCCCAGUGUGGCCUCAGUACAAGAAGGGAGCUCCGGUGUUCCUGACCACAGUGUGUGCACCUCCAGCACCACCACCUCCUCCUCAGCAGGUGUUUGGGUACUACAUCUUACCGCAGCCGUCUCCUCAGUUCAUCCUACCUCAGGCCCCCCUGCAGCCUUAGGGAGCCGUGAAGGCCUGAGCUGACCAGAAGUCUGAGCAUGACUGAGCCAUGUGAUGCAACAUCUCAAGUUGCCCUACAACUAGGCCAAAACAUGUCUGUUUAUUUUAAUUUUACUUUUCAAACCUUUUUAAUUUUUGCACACUUUUAUCUUUCCUUUGAUGCUUUGUGGUUGCCUCACAGCGAUGCUGCUGAACUGGACCUAAAGCUGUUUAGUCGCUCUGCUAAUUGUCUAACGUACAGCUUCAGGCACCGAGUGUGUGGGCGAGCUCAGGAACUCUCAGCAAUAUGGUUACUGCCAAAUCACUGGGUUUAUUUCUUGUGAUCAUGUUUCCCAAUUCUACCCAUUUAAGAUUCGCUGUGAACAAUUAGCCGGCGAUUUAUGUAAAAUGUGAUUCAGGGUUUUAUUUUUGUUGUAGCUACGGUUAAAAUAUCUGUACAUUAAGUACAUUUCUUCUGAACAGCUUGUAAAUAUUUAUUGAACAUAACAUUUAUAAAUGCACACCUUUGGUCUUUUUUAGCUUGUAAUUUAUUUGGCUACCACUAGAUGGUGCUCAUGUUACACCCAACAAAUGAAAUUGUGUUUUUUUUUUUUAACCUGGAUGCUGUGCAUGACAGAUGAACCUUCAGAGCACAAAUAAUUGUUUUAAAUCCACUGGCUCAAUGUCAUCUUUUAUAUUUAUUGUAGAUAUUGUUUCUUCUGAAACUCUGCUAAAGCUUUAUAACACUGAGAUGAAAUGCUUCACUUAAACUUGUGAUCGUUAUUUAUUCUGUUCAGACUUUUCCCAGCUGGUGUGAUCACUUGGUUAUUUUGCUGUAGAGGUUUGUCAAUUAAAACUGUUUUUACUUGA